GGAACUCAAGCGAGAAUUACUGGAACUCAGAAAACAUACUGAAAUAUGAAACACUGAUAAAUAGGAGAAAACAACAUACAGUAUCUUCUACAAUAAUAAAAAGAACUUAAUUUGGAAAACAUAAAGGCCAGGCCUACCAGUACAAUAAUAUAGAAAAAAAAAACUUAUGAUUGUCAUUAAUUCUUCUUCUCUCUUUUUUACUCUAAUAUUAUGGUAAAUGUGAGAAUGUACUGCAUUUAUAUAGCGCUUUCACAGACCAAUGGCCAUCCAAAGCCCUUUACAAGUUUAGCCUCACAUUCACUGAUUCACACCCUCAUUCUUACACAUAAGAAUUAUGCAACGGGGAAAAAAAUAAAACAACGGUCUUGGAUAUAAAUAUGCUCUGAGAAAUGUUAGACACUUUCAGAAAAAUCAGUGGUUUUGAUGCUGUCAUAAUGAUAAAAAUGUGAUUAUUAUUGUGCAUAUAGGUCACUUAAACUAAACCUAUAGAGUUGUGGUCCCAUGUGGUUGGAGAGCUGAACAGUCGUCACUUAGCUGUACACUAUUUUUAUAAGACCACUGACGUUUGUUCAGACCUCAAAACAAGAGAAGUACAUGUACAACUACAGGCUUCUUUAUUAUUUAUAUUAUGAUUUUAUAUAUGAUCACCACACCUAAAACUACAGCAACAAAAAUAAAAACUUUAUUUUUCAUUAUGUCCAGUUUCUGCAGUAGUUCAGUGUAUUUAUUAAGCAGUUUUUGAAAUGUCGCAAUGUUUGCAAAAGCUGACCCCUCCCUUAACCCACAGUCACUUGUCCAAGACACGCAUCUGUGUACAUACUGUAUGUACCGCUUUCAAGCAAAUCUUUAUCCGAUUCUCACACUGACAGCAGAAAAUGAAACAUCUUUUCUUAAUGUGUCUUCUGUUCUACAUCAACAUACACACAACUCAGAGCAUAAUAUUCAAUCGCAGGGUCACUGUCGGAAAGGAUGUCUUUCUUGUGUGUAACCAUAAAGGGAACGUGACAUGGAGUAAAGCCAGAGAUGGAACAAGAGUGGACAUUCUCACUGCAGAAAAAGAUGAAGAGACAAAAAAACUAAUUUCAGAUCCUCAUAACCGUUAUAGUCUAUUGGAUGAUUUAUCACUAUACAUAGAGAGAGUUUCACUCUCAGACUCUGGAAUUUAUUCCUGUAAUGAAACUCCAACUGUGAAUCUGAUAGUAACAGAACCAGAUUCAAACACAUCCAACGACAGGCAACCAGGAGCCACCACACCAACACCAGAGACAACCACAUCCUACUACAGUCAACCAGGAGCCACCACACCAACACCAGACAGUAUUCAACGUUUCCCAAUUUUGAACCUUAGUGAGACAUUAGAGACAACAACAUCCAGUCAACCAGGAGCCACCACACCAACAGGUUUCAGCCACAGUCAACCAAAAGGCACAACACCACAAGACUCAUCUGCCAAGAAAUCUUUCAAAUCUUUUUGUAUAAAAGAAAUCAAGUAGCCAUUUAGAGGACACUGUAUGCUUAUCAGAUUUACUACAAAAACUGUAAGAAUAAUGUUAUUUGAUCCUGUCUGUGAAAUGAAGGCUAAAAUGAUAAAAUCCUAUAUUGGGAUUAGGAGUUUCAAAGUUUGAUUUCAAUAAUUGAUUUCACAUUUCAAGCACUGAUAUGACCUUACUCAGUUAAUAUUAAUAUCUAGGUUAUGAUUCACACAAUGUUCUUUGCAUUAUAUAGGAUGAGGAAACAAAUACUUUCGCUGGGUUUUCACAUUGAAGUGCAAUAAAUGUAUGUUUUAGGAAAAGCAUGGUCAGUUAAAUGUACUAAUCAAAAUAUAUUAAUUUGCAUUUCUUUGCAUUUUUUUAUGUUAUUAUAAGUGGUUAAAGUGUUAGCAGGAUCUGUGGUUGUGCUUCUACUAUUAAACAUGUUUCCUCUUUGCAUGGCAUUUUGCUUAUAAACGUAAACAUUUUAAACAACAAAAUAUUUUGUGUAUUUUUUAGGUUUUGAGUGUUUAAAUCUGCAUUAAUAUUUAAUAAAAGUAGGCCUACAGUAUAUCAUACAGAAUGUAUCAUGAGCUUUCAUU